AGGGCGGGGGUGAGACGAUUCCUAGUCAGUGGGCUGGAGAGCUGGUUCUGAUUUCUAGAUCUGUGACUUUGCUAGUUGAGUGACUUUAGGUAACAUGGUAAAUUAUCUCUACCUCAGUUUCCUCUCUGUGAAAUAAAAGUAAUGAUAGUAACAACUUUAUGCUAUUUCCUGAGAACUAAGAAGGCUUAUGUUUGUAAACUCUGUAGCACAAUGUCUGGAAAAUGGCACAUAUUCAAUAAAUCUAGCUAUUAUUAAUUAUAACAGGUAAUAAUUUACUAUUGUAAAUAAAUUAAAAUCCUGAGGUUUGGUAGAGGAAAGGACAGGAAUAAUGAGGAGGAAUCGUUCUUCAGUCUAUGUAAGGGUUUCCUUUAUGUUCUUGGUUAGGGUCUCUCCUCUAAACCCACUGCCCCGUAAUCCCAAACUAUCAAAUCCUUGAGCACAGGGACACGGCUAUCCACUUCCCACCACUUAAGAGGCAGUGCCUGGCUCCAAAGUGAUGGUUUUUGCUUAGUGAUGCUAUUUGAAGCUGUAGGAGGGCAUGAAAUUGCCAAAUUAAAGAAUGAAGAGCUUGGCCAUGGGAAACACCUGUAUUUAUUUACAGUGGAGAGAGAGAGAGAGAGAGAGAGAGGAGAGAGUAGUUGCUGCCAGAAAAACUAGGAUAAUCAGUCUCUACAGCCCAGGAAUGAAGGAGAGUUAGUGCUGCAAGCUGCAUCAAAGUCUGGGAGGACAAGGAGACUAGAAAAAAGGACCAGAUGGGAUGAGAACAUUGCCUCUCAGAGAGAGUUUCAGGCACGUGUAGGGCAGAACCCAGAUUGUGGAGUUAAAAUGUAGGUGGUGGUGAGGAAGUGGAAGCACUUGUUGCUGGGUGCAUGGAUUUCUCUUUCAGGAAGUCAAUGGUAAAGGCCAUCCGUUGCACACUGGUAAACUGCACGUGUGAAUGUUUUCAGCCAGGGAAGAUUAACCUGAGGACUUGUGAUCAGUGUAAACAUGGCUGGGUGGCACAUGCCUUGGAUAAGCUCAGCACGCAGCACCUGUACCACCCCACGCAAGUGGAGAUUGUGCAGUCCAACGUGGUGUUUGACAUCAGCAGCCUGAUGCUCUAUGGAACGCAGGCAGUGCCCGUGAGGCUGAAGAUCCUGUUGGACCGCCUCUUCAGCGUCCUGAAGCAGGAGGAGGUGCUGCACAUACUGCACGGCCUUGGCUGGACUCUGAGGGACUAUGUCCGAGGAUACAUCCUUCAGGAUGCUGCCGGCAAGGUGCUGGACCGCUGGGCCAUCAUGUCUCGAGAAGAGGAAAUCAUCACCCUUCAGCAGUUUCUGCGGUUUGGAGAAACCAAAUCCAUUGUGGAGCUGAUGGCAAUUCAGGAGAAAGAAGGGCAGGCCGUGGCUGUACCAUCUUCAAAGACAGACUCAGAUAUAAGGACUUUCAUUGAGAGCAAUAAUCGUACCAGGAGUCCCAGCCUCCUUGCUCACUUAGAGAACAGCAAUCCUUCCAGCAUUCAUCACUUCGAAAACAUCCCAAACAGCCUUGCAUUUCUGCUUCCGUUCCAGUACAUAAACCCUGUCUCAGCACCACUGCUAGGGUUGCCUCCAAAUGGGCUACUGUUAGAGCAACCAGGGUUGAGGCUGCGGGAACCCAGCCUUUCAACCCAGAAUGAAUAUAAUGAGAGCAGUGAAUCCGAAGUUUCUCCCACACCUUAUAAGAAUGAUCAAACGCCCAAUAGAAACGCCCUGACCAGCAUUACUAAUGUGGAGCCCAAAACCGAGCCAGCCUGUGUCUCUCCCAUUCAGAAUUCUGCCCCAGUCAGUGAUCUAACCAAAACUGAACACCCAAAAAGCUCAUUCCGGAUUCAUCGGAUGAGAAGGAUGGGGUCAGCCUCUAGGAAAGGAAGAGUGUUCUGUAAUGCAUGUGGGAAGACAUUCUAUGACAAAGGUACUCUCAAAAUUCAUUAUAAUGCUGUUCACCUGAAGAUCAAACAUCGAUGCACCAUUGAGGGUUGCAAUAUGGUCUUUAGCUCCCUCCGAAGUCGUAAUCGCCACAGUGCAAACCCCAACCCCCGCCUUCACAUGCCUAUGCUAAGGAAUAACCGAGACAAAGAUUUAAUUCGGGGCACCUCAGGAGCUGCUACCCCAGUCAUAGCAAGUACGAAAUCAAAUCUGGCACUCACAAGUCCUGGCCGGCCCCCAAUGGGUUUUACCACUCCCCCUCUAGACCCUGUCUUGCAAAAUCCUCUCCCUAGCCAGCUGGUAUUUUCUGGGCUAAAGACUGUACAACCAGUUCCUCCAUUUUAUAGAAGUUUACUCACUCCAGGGGAAAUGGUGAGUCCUCCAACCUCCCUCCCAACCAGUCCCAUCAUUCCAACCAGUGGUACCAUAGAGCAGCACCCCCCGCCACCCUCUGAGCCAGUAGUGCCAGCAGUGAUGAUGGCCACCCAUGAGCCCAGUGCUGAGCUGGCACCCAAGAAAAAGCCCAGGAAAUCAAGCAUGCCUGUGAAGAUUGAGAAGGAAAUUAUUGAUACUGCCGAUGAGUUUGAUGAUGAAGAUGAUGACCCCAAUGAUGGUGGAGCUGUGGUCAAUGACAUGAGCCAUGACAAUCAUUGUCACUCCCAAGAGGAGAUGAGCCCAGGCAUGUCUGUGAAGGACUUUUCCAAGCAUAACAGGACCCGGUGCAUUUCAAGGACUGAAAUAAGAAGGGCUGACAGCAUGACUUCUGAAGACCAAGAGCCUGAGCGGGACUACGAGAAUGAGUCUGAGUCUUCAGAGCCCAAACUGGGCGAGGAAUCCAUGGAAGGGGAUGAGCACAUUCACAGCGAAGUGGGUGAAAAAGUCCUGAUGAACAGCGAGAGGCCCGACGAGAACCAUAGUGAGCCCUCUCACCAGGACGUCAUCAAGGUGAAGGAAGAAUUCACAGAUCCCACUUACGACAUGUUUUACAUGAGCCAGUAUGGACUGUACAACGGUGGGGGGGCCAGCAUGGCCGCCCUGCACGAGAGCUUUACAUCGUCUCUGAAUUAUGGCAGCCCUCAAAAGUUCUCCCCAGAAGGUGACCUGUGUUCUAGCCCAGAUCCCAAAAUAUGUUAUGUGUGCAAGAAGAGUUUCAAAAGCUCCUACAGUGUGAAACUUCACUACAGGAACGUUCACUUAAAAGAGAUGCACGUCUGCACAGUGGCUGGUUGCAAUGCUGCGUUCCCCUCUCGCCGAAGCAGAGACAGAAACAGAAAUUUACGGAUGGAAAGAACCAUAGGUCCAGGACAUCGAGACAGCCUGCAUCUCCGUAGACACAGUGCCAACAUAAACCUACAUCGUAAACUGUUGACCAAAGAACUUGAUGACAUGGGCCUGGACUCGUCGCAGCCUUCCCUUAGCAAGGACCUCCGCGAUGAAUUUUUGGUGAAGAUCUAUGGUGCCCAGCACCCUCUGGGGCUCGAUGUCAGGGAAGACGCCUCCUCUCCCGCAGGGACUGAAGACUCCCACCUGAACGGGUAUGGGAGAGGCAUGGCGGAGGACUACAUGGUCCUUGACUUGAGCACCACCUCUAGCCUCCAGUCCAGCAGCAGCAUCCAUUCCUCCAGAGAAUCUGAUGCAGGCAGUGACGAGGGGAUUCUUCUCGAUGACAUUGAUGGGGCGAGUGACAGUGGGGAGUCGGCACACAAGGCCGAGGCCCCUGCCCUCCCUGGCAGCCUAGGAGCUGAAGUUUCGGGAUCUCUUAUGUUCAGCAGCUUGUCUGGGAGCAAUGGUGGGAUCAUGUGCAACAUUUGCCACAAAAUGUACAGCAACAAGGGGACCCUGAGAGUGCACUACAAAACUGUGCAUUUGCGAGAAAUGCACAAGUGCAAAGUCCCAGGUUGCAAUAUGAUGUUUUCCUCUGUACGAAGCCGAAAUCGGCACAGUCAGAACCCUAAUCUCCACAAAAACAUUCCCUUCACUUCAGUAGAUUAGUCUCAGAAUGGACACUACAAAUGCCAGCUCUCACCAGAUGGCCUACGUGUUUGAACUGCCAUAGUCAGUGUGCGCUUACGUACUCGGGGUGUGUGUGCCUGUGUGUGUGUGUGUGUGUGUGCAUUUAUGUAUGCUCUGUGGCUACGUAAACACACACGUAUUUCCUUGCGAUAAACACUAGGUGCUUUUGAAUUUUUUUUUUACUUUUCCUUUAUGGUUUUGGGGAAGUUGAGGGAUCUUUGAUUUGAGGGUGAAAGCAGAGUACCCCUUUAAACACACACACACACACACACACACACACACACACACACACACACACACACACACGCGCAAUGUGCAACUAGCCCCAGUUUUGACAGAAUAAUUCUCGGUCUUCCCCAAAGAGACAAUUUGUUGUACCCAUGACUGUUGCCUGCAAAAAUAAAAGGGAAAAAAAAGAAAAAAGAAACAAAAAGGACCUUCUUAUAGUUGUCUUUUGUGAACUUUAAGGUUUUGAAAGAAUCUUCAAUUAAAGCAUGGCAGAUUCACCUGUAAAUAUUUAGCCUUGAGGGGCCAUUGAUGUAAAACAAUUGUAUUGAUGGUUGUUUAACUUUUGUUUAAUUUUUACAGUUACAUCCAGCUGUUAGAUAUGCAGGAAAAAAAUAGUUUGCCGGCUAGCUCUAUUCAUUUAUGUUAGCAUUAAUGCACAUUUUUAAAAAAAAAAAAAAAAACCAUGGUCUUGUUUUUACUACCUGUUAGAUAAUAGUGGUAAAGAGGUGCUGGCAUGCUUAACAGCACAGAUCUGAUUUUUAAAAAUGUCCUGUACUAGUACAUAAAUCCCGUCAUGCACUUUUUUUCAUACACUACAAGGGGAUGUGUAAUAUCCAUGCUUCUUUUUUAUCCUUAAACUAUUGCCAUACUUCAGUAAGUGUCUUUUUUAAAAAAACUUCACUUGUAUAAAAAUGGUCUGGUCAGUAUAGGGCACAAAUGCCAAACAAAAGUAUUAGUGUUAACACAGAACUGCCAACUUUGCACAAGUUUCCAGAAAAGAAAAUACAAUUAGUCACCCAACAUAACCACAGGCCAAUUUGUUGGCCACCAAAAAACCGCUUUUUAAAAAAACACUUGGUGAUUCUUUCAAGUGCCGAAUGUUAUUAGAAUCAACAUUGCAUCCUUCUUGCUUAUAUGUUAAGUUACAUAAAAGGAAAACAAAAUUAUGUGGUGUGAAACAGCCAAGGCAUUUAUUCUUCAGAGUCAGGAUAAUAUUUCAGGAUACAAAAGCCCAAAUUACCCACUACGGAACAAAAAAGGAAUACAGUAAAAGAGUUGAACACUCAUUUCCAAGGCCCUAGCCCUUAUCCUUUAUAAAGAAAUCCUCUGAACUGGGUCGGUCUGUUGUAUGGCUGUCUAAUUUGUUGCAAAUUCUGCAGUCGUACCAUAAUUCAGGCCUGUUUGAUAGACAAAAUCAAAAGGCAUUUAGCAGCAGCAGUACUUGGAAGCUUUGAAAACAUGUGCUAAACUUGAAUUGAGCAACACUCCUUUCUGAAAAGCCAGAAGAAGGGGGUUUUAAAGCAGGAUGUCUCACUGUUGAGUGUUUUGUGUUUCCCCACACGAUUUGUCAGAGAGAAAUGAAAGCAAGCCUGAAACCAAGCAAUCGAGAGUGAGAAAGAGGGGAGAGACUAUUCUCCAAACCUUUUUUGUUUUGUUUUGUUUCCGAUGUUUACACAUGUUGCCUGAGCUGGUUAACCACAUCGGCAGCCUCAGCUACCACAACAUACUGACUAAAUGAUGAUAUUUACUCAAGUUCAGUCUGCAGCCAAAACCAUUAGGGUGUGCAUUGCAGACUGUUUUGUUGUCUUUUUUUUUUUUUUAAGUGGAGGGGAAAAGAAGAGAUAAACAAGGAAUAUUUUGUCAAACAGUACACAAUAAUUUAAAGAGAAUGUAUUUCUUUUUUUGCAUUGAAUGGCCUCAGACAUUUCUCUCAUCAGUCUAAAAGUUAGAAAUACCCCUUCGUUUUAACUUAUGUUGUUUCCAUUUUACAUAUGUUUUUGUAAUUAUUUUUUCUAUGUUCACAUCAGCAUUCACUUCCGUUAAAUUUGCCAAAGGAAACUGUUAAUAUGUUUCUGUUGUUGUUAUUAUUCCUGUAGGAUUUAUUGUACCUCACAGUAUUUAUUGUUUCCCAAAAUAAGCAUCAUUAGUUGGGGAUUCAGUAUUUUUAUUUGUGAAAAUUUCAGAAAGAAUAGAUUCUUAAAGAUAAGCUAGCUGUGUCUAGGAGCUUUAUCUUUUCACCUCCUUCAGAGGAUGCGAUGGAGUUCAUUUCAAUUCUUCAUUUGUUCCACAGGGAGGAAAGACCAAAAGUAUUUGCAGUACAAAAGAAACUCUAUCAAACACUAUGUUAAAUAACAAGUGUUUAUGGUAAAAGCUGAGGAAUUAGUAAUAACUGUUUUUGUUUUCUUGUACCAUUGAACUCCCCAAAGUCUUAACUGCUUUAUUUUGGUGUUAUGUUAAAUUGAAUAGACAGAGAUGUUUUCCUUUGUUUUAUACCAUUUAAGACUCUGUACAGUAUGUUUGUGAAAGAUUGAACUAGAAUAAUGAAAGUUUGUUUGCAAACAUUUUGGUCCUCUCAGCGUUCUCUGUAUUGUGCUGUUGCCCCAUUACCAAAUGAUUAGAUUCAAAAUGGGUGGGAAAAUGUUUUUAGUAUCCCGACAAAACAUAGAAACUCUGGCUUUUGCAACGUGCAUAGACUACAUGUAGUUUUAUGAAAACAAAUACACAUUUUUAUUUCAGCAACUUUGAAAAGUUAUACUCGGUUGAGUUAUUAGAACUCAUCUUGUACAAAAGCAAUGUUUAGUCUGUUUAAUGUCAAAUAAAAGGUCAGAUAGCUCUUGUGAGUGAAUUAUAUAGCUGUCAGCAGGUCACAUCAGCAAAUGAACCAGGCUUAGAACAAAUGUUUGUUACUUGCUGCAAACCAAGCUAAUGUGUAUAGCCAGUUAAGUCCAGAAGUAAUGAGAUUCUAGUAGUUUCCCUUGCUUGGAAACAUGAAUGUGUUCACCUGUGUUUUGUCAGAGAAAUGGCAGUAAGUCUGGACAGCUGACACUUUUGAAGUAUCUCCCCUAUUUGCUACCACUUUUGUGCCUCAAGUGCCCAGUCGUUACGGUGGCCUUCUAAAUAAGAAAAUAACAUUUUCCAAUAUAAAGCCUAUUUGCUUAAAAGGGAUGAGGCAGUGGAUGGAUGUAGCACAUGCAAUGGAAAAUCAUAAAAUGUACAACUCUUCGGUUCCUAAAGUUUUCCUCGUUCUUGACAGUAGUAUUUGGGCUUAUCUAGAAUUCUGGUUAAGAUGGUGAUCCCACGGCUUACUUGCAAACAGGAAGGAUAAACAGAUCAGCAUUUUAGUCAUUGAGCUCUUCAUCUUUGCCUCUUCCUACUCAUGUAUUUUUUCACAGGACUUUCCUGGUGUUAAACAGUUUCUCUCAAGCCACAUCCAUUCUGUGCUGGCUGAAAAUUAAUAGUGAUGUAGAUUUUCAUCCAACAAGCUUCUUUCCAUGUGAUUGGUUUCAGCCAGAGUUUAUCACAGGUACAAAAUUAGCUGGCAUUACUGUGCAUGUUCUCUAGCUGAUGUUGAAACUUACUGUCUUGAUCAUAUAAAACUAUGCUUUUGUAAAUAUCAGGUUUAGUCUGCUUUUGGGAGUAUCUGCAUGCUAUGGAAGGAAGGCAAGGAAAGGGAUAGAUAAUAAGUAAUUUGGUUUAAAAGUGUGAUAAAAAUCCUUGACAUUCUUUGUUCUGGUAUUAAUUGUAUUUAAAUAAGUCAACCCAAUGUAACUCAUUCCAGAUCUUAGCCAGCUGCCCUGUUCAGCCUGUUGCCUUUUAAAGGUUUGAAGGUGUUAGUGUUUUCCUUUUCAACAUGGCAAACAUUUUUUGAAACCUUUUUGGCACAAUGGUGCCACUGUCCUCUUAGUGUUAUUUCUUUGGUCAUGAAUUUCCAGGCCUUCCCAGUAAGAGAAGAAAGGCACUUAACUGGUUAACAGCCCCAUUAGCAUACAUUGCUCUAAGGGGGAAAACAAUCUUUGUUUUCCCCAUAUCAAGAAUGGGCUGUUCCAGGGGCAGUCUCCUCUUUUUACUGAGGAGAAACUGUGCACAAGGUUCCCACCAAAUACAGAGUGACCUUUUUUUCCCCUUUCUCUGUACACACCCCAGAUGUGUGCCAAGCAAAUGAGAAUGAGGGCCGUUGACAAUGAAAACAUAAGCUAGUCACCAGAUUGAGAUGGACAUGCUGCUAACUGCUGACAACUUGACCUGAGCAGUCCUAACUUGUAUCUGGUCUGUUAGCAUUGGGUUAGAUUGUCUAACAGAGUAAAUAAAAUUCAGCUGUCAUAAGACAUGCUACACCUGCUAUCAUCAAGAAACAAAUCAUCCAGAAGAAACUUUCAUCUUGUGGUCACACCCUUUUCUUAAGAGCUUCUUUUUAUAAAUUAUGACAAACAUUUAAUUUUUGAAAAUCACUUCCGCAAAACUUGAAAUACUUAGAUGGUUUUGCUUUUCCCUCGCAUUGUCUAUUUUUGGGGGAUGAAUCUAAAUGAAUAAGAUGGGCAGUAAAAGGUACCAAAAAGGAUCACAGUGUCUUCAUCAGAACUAAGUAGAGGGUAGCUAGAAAAGGAAAUCGCUAAUGCACUGAAGUGUUUGCUCGAGAGGAAGGACUAUUGAUGUUAGCAACCUGCAGAGUUCCCGUGACCAGGUGAGUCAGCUCUGAGGAAGGGAUUAGGAAAGCAAGGAGCUGCGUGGAAUAGCUGAAGUUCCUUUGGGGUCAGAAAGAGCCAACAGUCGUGGGGGUUUGGUUGCUUUUGCUUUGUUUUUGAGUGGGAAGUCUUGCUGGAAUCCCCUGCGAAGCAAAAGAUGCCAGGGGUCAGCUGGGCUAUAGAAAAGGCCAGUGGUAAAACCCCGUUUUCAUCCAGACGGAGGAGUCGGUGCAAGUGGCACCAGCUGAGACUGUUCCUUUCUAGAUCAUUGCUCGUACUGGCCACUGUAGCGACACAACAAAGCCGUGAUUGUAAUUAGUACUAGGCUAAAGACCUUGAGCAAAAUGGGAGCUCAUUUACUGUUCUGUGAGGUACAUAAGCAACUUUUCUUUUCAUGUUUUCACUCAGAGAUAAACCACGUGUGAUGGUCUUGCUUGCGUUAGUACUAAGGUCAUGUUUGAUCUGUCCCAGACGGGUCCCAUAUUUCCUGUAGCUGGAGUGUUGCUCACCAUAAAUGGUCAUUUUCAAACAGUAUUAUGUGAAUCCAGCUGUACAGCUGACCAGUGAGUUACCUCCUACCGCUGUUACUCACACACCCGUCCGUCCUUGUGUGGUUUCAUCAUCCUCAUCCUUCCCACAUCUUGCACAAAAUGAUUUUUGUGGUCAUUCGGCAAUAACUGUAUGUCAAAUACUGUCUUUUUGGCAUUUGUUGAAAAAUCCAAAUGCUUAAUAACAGAAGGUUAAAAAAAAGCAUUUUUACAAGUACACUGAAUUGGAUCAGCAUUAUUGUUCAUUAUAAUGCUAUAUAUAUUUUUGAAGCAACAUACUAUAGUUGUCAUAAAACUAUCUUUAUUCUUCUCCUCUAAAGUGUUGUGUUGUUGUAAAUUCAUUUGACCUUUACUGCAGGAAAAAAAAAUCUUUUUUAUAUGGGGUAUGAAGACAGGGCUCAGUUUCUAACAAAUAGUGGACCAUUACAAAAGACGAAAGAAAAAAGCCAGGACUGAGCAGCAAGAAGCUUCAGUUCAAUUUCACCUCAUAUCUUUCUAAUAACGUACUUGUCACUUUAUUACCUUCCAGUAAUGUGAACGCCGCUGACAAGACUGUCACACUAACAGCAGACAACACCCUCUCUGCUUCAGCCCAGCUCUCCUGGCUACUUAUUGCCCUGGCCCUGAAGGGACACAAACUAAUAGUGUGCUUUCCAGUUCAGCACUUGGCCAUCAAAUAUAAAAGGAUGCGUAAUUGCCUGUUUAUCCCCUUGUGAAGGAGAAAUUGACUACAAGGGCUAGGCUUUCCCAUCGAGUUCUCUGAUGUACACACACAUCCACAAUCAGUCUCUCUCUCUCUCUCUGUCUCUCUGUCCCCCACCCCCCCUCUCUCUCUCUGUCUCUCCUCUCUCUUCUCUCUCCUUCCCUCUCUUCCUCCCCUCCUAACAUACAAGCACAUACACACACCUACUGUGUCUUUGGGAAGCCCAAGGCUGCCUCUCCAUGCCCUCUCCAGCUAUUAAGUGGACAGUAACAAGAUGACUUCUUAACUAAAGGGUCAGUAGAGAGACGCUGUCUGUGGCAGCAUCCUUUGCUUCUUUGAAAACUUAAGUAUUGCAAUUCCAUGCCCAUCUGUUUUGGGAGUAAUGGGUGUGACUCCAUAAUUAGAGCAAAUUUUCCUGCAAGUCAAUGGCAUAAGUAAGAUUAUAUUGCCCCCUAAUCUGUAAGGAAAAGAUUAAAAUGUUUUACUUCCCCUUCAAAAAGUGCACAUGUUGUAAACUGGUUCCGCAUGGCAGUUUUUUUUUUUCUUAUCUAUGGCAUCAAAUCAUUGAUCUAGAUGUACAAAUGUGUCUUUCAAUUACCCCUCCAAAUCCAUAGUGUAACAUGAUAAAUUAACUUAUUUUGUCCAACUGGACUGACAAUCUAAAAAAAAUGGCACCAGGCUUUGGACUUUAAUCAUUAAAACGAGGACCACCCUCUGGGGUAAAAGGUAAAUUCUCCACUUUGAAGAACUUUGGUAAGUACAAGUACAGUGAGCUUUAGAAAAUCGAGUAACGGGAGACCAAAGGUACAAAGGAAGAAUACAUGAAAAUGUUACAUUCCAAAAUGCCUUGAGCCCAAACAAUGUGUCAGGAUUAGCUGCUAUUUUUGUGUACUGAAGUACUCAAAUGAUGGUUAAAAGUGGUAGAUAGUGACUAAAAGAGAUGCAAGAUCUUUCGCACGUCUUCUUUCUGGAAGUAGGGGAUGUCAUGCUUCCUUCCAGCCUUCCCGCAGCGGGUCUCACAGAAGAUAGCUGUCCCCAUUACAAACAGGCACAUUUCAACAAGAUAUUAACGAGAUAAGAUAAGAUAUAUGCAGGUAUUGGUAUCAUCUUCCAUGUGAACUUAAGCAAGGUGAGGAAAGCAACAGAUUUAGGGAUAGGCAAUGUAACAGAUCUAUGUUGACAAAUCUGUGCUACAUAAUUUCGUGAACCAGUCUGAGGACUGGGAAGAAAAGCACUUUGAGCAAGGACUCUUGGAUUGGAGAAAAGGCAGGUAGUCGAGUUAAAACUUCUUCAGUUCUUCAGUGUGUAUAUAUUACAAUCGUUUAUCAGACAUCUUAAUAGAAUCUUAAUUGAAAACCCAGUUGCCAAAAUUGCACAAGUUCUGCUCACUGCUAUUAGCUUUCACCCCUUAACUCUAAAAUAACAGGGAUGCUUAAGGACACUUGUCAUAGUUUUUUUAAUGCUUUGUUUCACUUUUUUUUUUUUUUUAAGAAUCUUUGAAGGGAAGGAAGAGCAGAAAGAGGUAUUUUAAGAAAAAUGGAGAGAAGUAGAUAGUAUUAAAAGUAUAUUUCUUGAAGAGAGAGUAUCUAAGUGCUAUACCAAGAUUUUAUAAGGCUUCCUGUUGCCAAAUGUGAUGUUGAGAUAAUGCACAGCUAAGAUGGCAAAUCCAUCAAUUAUUCACUGGCUCUGCCCACUUAUGUCAUGGAAUGCAAGGACUGAGAGGUGACUCUGGGGAGACCCUGGGUGUGUGAGAGAGCUCCAUUCAUCUGGCCCUGGAUAUGUUUCUCAAAAGAGAGGGAGAAAGCGCCAGUCCCUGCAAGGUGAACUGACCUGGCACUGUUUCAGUGGGAGCCUCACUGCCUGCCUUUUCCAUGCUAGGAGACAAAGCAUCCCCUACCCCACUUGUGAAUCGGUGCUGUAGCCACUGUGAGAAGCAUCGGUUCGUGAGGUGCGAUGCUCUUGAACUCCCAGACAAUGUGCUGAGUUGAUAGGUUCACUUGAGAUGUAUAAACCAAGGCUGUUUUUUUUUAAUCCAGUACUCACUUUGGAGUGUUUUUGCAUGUCUUUGUACAGAGUAAUCCAUUCCUCUCGUUAUGUAUCUUAAUCUCCCCUGACUUUUCCAUCGUCUUUCUUAAUCCCACCCUUUGCUCUUCUGAUCUCACCUACCCCCUAAAAAAAUAAAUAGUGUUUGAGCAAGAAGGUAGAACACGCUCUCCCCCAUCCUGGUUUUAAUCGCUUUGGAAACGUGUGUUCUACCCUGUCCAGGGUUUACAUAACGUGAAUUACGUGAAUGAGAUGUUCUAGUAUUAUAUAUUAACUUGAUAAGACUAUCUAAGAUUUCUAAUAUAUGGUGCAUUCACUUUCCUGUGCAAACUUUGGUUCAGCUGCCCUGCAGAGAAUCUUACCAUUUUCCUGCCAGUGCCAGUAUAAAGAAUGCAGGAGAGCUAAGCAUGGGUACAUGAAGGUCAGAGGAGUGAGGACGGUUGAGAAAUCGGGAGAAGACUUGGGCUUGAGGCGACCUGGGCUCUUCAUGUGGAGCUCACUCAGCAGUAUGAGGGUGACCGACACACCCGUGGGUCGUUCCCAAGUGAGGCAAAUGCCCAUUUCCCCGCUCCCCUCACACCCUGCCUGGCUUCUUCCAUGAAGUCCUUGCUGCUUUUCUGCUUCCCCAAAGGUGAGGGGAAGGGGGCAGGUUGGGGAACUGGGAAAGCAAGUGCUCUGUUCUCCCCUUCUGGUGAUGGAAUAGUCCUUUUAGAACUAGCAAGAUCCCUCACACGGCUGGGAGAACACGUAUCUCUCAGUCACUCUAGACCCAUUGGUGUGUCUCCAGUGACAAACAUAUCAGACUCAGCCUUCAUAUUUGACAGCAAAAGUGGCCAAAGGGAAUUGAAAUAUCUUGAAGAAAGGAAUUUUCACCAAGAUAUGUCCUUUCCCUCUCCCAGAGUUUAGCAGUUGAGUCCUUUUUUUGGUUUAUGUUGUUCUCAUCUGCAUAAAACCAGUCUCUUCCAAUAAGCCUGCCGUGGAAUCAAAGUCUGUACUACAAAAGAUAACUGCACCAAGGGAUGGGGUCAGCUUGCAUCGCCCUGAUCUAAUCAUUGUGACAUUGGUAGCUUCCUAAAUACUGUAUGUACCUUAAACAAGCGUUUUAUUUUUGUCUUGUUGUUUUGCUUUUUGUUUUUAUUGGUAGUGUAAGGUAAUUAAAAUUUUUUAUUUGCUAUAUUCCUUUGGUUGUAUUUUCUGUACUAUAACUGCCUACAGUAUGUCUUUUGCAUAAAAUGCAUAAGGGUUUGGGGAUGUAAAUGGAAUUUUAUUCAUAUUUUGUCCAAAUACCUCUUGUAAUUUGUAUCAAAAUUCUUGUACAAUUUUUAUAUUAAAGAUUUAUCAGUCACUGA